CCUCCUCCUCACUUUAAAACCCCGAACAUAUUAUUGUCUUGCCAUCAUUUUGGGUUUUUGGAGAGUCUCCAUUUUCUUUAGCAAAAACCCUACCCGAAACUUUCUCCUUUUCAUUUCUUCAAUCAAAAAUGGGCAAGUCAAGCAAGAAAUCGAUUCCCAAGGUCGAAGCAGUGGCUGCUGUCGCUGCUGCCGUCACUCCGGCGAAGAAAGGUAAGAGAGGAGCUGAAGAAGCUAUUGAGAAGCCAUUGAGCACAAAGAAGCAGAAGAGAGAUGAAGUGGUGGAACAGGCUGUUAAAAAGGUAAAGGUUGAGACAAAGACACAGAAGAAGAAGAAAGAGGAAACCAGUAGUUCUGAUUCUUCAGAAUCAGAGGAAAAGCAGAAGAAGGUUGCUAAGGUAUCCAGCAAGAAGAAAAAGCCUGUAAAAGAGUCCAGCAGUGAUGAUUCAUCUUCUGAUGAGGAGCCUGCUACCACAAAGAAAAGUGUAGUUCCUGCUAAAAAUGGAGCUGUUAAGGCUGCUGCAAAGAAGGCCCAGUCAUCUAGUAGCGAGGAUGAAUCUUCUUCUGAUGAUGAACCUGCACCCGCAAAGAAGCAGCCAGUAGCUGCUAAAAAUGGCUCUGUGCCAGCUAAGAAAAGCAAGCCAGACAGCAGUUCAUCUUCUUCAGAAGACGACUCUGAUGAUGAUAAGAAACCUGCUGUUAUAAAGAAACCUGUGCCUGAUGCCAUUGCUAAGAAAAAUGUGGAGUCUAGCAGUGAGGAAUCUUCUGAUGAUGAUGAAACUUCUUCAGAUGAAGAACCUGAAGCUAAGAAGGUAGUGCCAGCAGCUGCUAAAAAUGGCACUGCUGCUAACCUUGCAAAGAAGGAGAAGCCUGCUAGUAUUUCAUCAGAAGAUGAUAGUUCUAGCAGUGAUGAGGAACCUGCUGGCAUAAAGAAAGGUGGGCAACCUAGUAAAAAAGAUUCAUCCUCUGAGGACGAGUCUUCAGAUGAAGAACCUCCAGCUGCAAAGAAACCGGUGGUCAUAAAAAGUGGAUCAGCUGCUGCUCCAGUAAAGAAAGGCAAGCCAGCAAGCAAUUCAGAUUCAUCAGAGGAAGAUGAUUCUUCAGAUGAAGAGGAUGUUAAACCGAAGGUACCUGCAUCAUCCCAAAAGAAUGGCCCCUCAGCUGCUUCAAAGAAAAAGGAUGAAUCAAUUGACGGCUCAAGUUCAGAUAGUAGUUCGGAUGAUGACACUUCCUCAGAUGAGGAUACUAAAAAAGGAACUAAAGUGCCACCUACUGCAAAAAAUGGCUUGGUUGCAGCCAAGAAGGAAUCUAGUGAUAGUUCAGAUGAUGAAAGUUCAGAUUCAGAUGAUGAGAAUAAAAAGGUUGAUCAUAAAAGAGAUGAUAGCUCAGAGGAAAGUGAUGAUGAACAGCCUUCAAAGAAAAAGGUCAAGGUUUCCUCAAAUGCUAAAAAUGUUAAAAAGGAAAGCACUGAUGAAGAUAGUAGUGAAGAUUCAGAAGAUGAUGAGGAAAGUGAGGAUGAAAAAGAGACUCCAAAAAAGAAGGGAACUGAUGUAGAGAUGGUAGAUGCAGAAACUGUUACUAAGCAGCCCAAGACCCCAUUCACACCGAAGGCACAGACUCCUGGAUCGAAGACUUUGUUUGUUGGGAACCUUGCUUAUAGUGUUGAACGAGCUGAUGUGGAAAAUUUCUUCAAAGAUGCUGGUGAAGUUGUUGAUGUUCGUUUUGCCACAGAUCAUGAAGGGAAUUUUAAGGGCUUUGGACAUGUUGAGUUUUCCACCGCAGAGGCAGCACUGAAGGCACUGGAAUUAAAUGGUAAAUCUCUGCUUAAUCGUGAUGUCAGACUUGAUUUGGCUCGUGAAAGAGGUGCAUAUACACCACACAGCGGCAAAGGAAGUGACACAUUCCAGAAGGGUGGUAGAGGCCAGUCUCAGACAAUAUUUGUUAAGGGAUUUGAUCAUUCCCUUGGAGAGGAAGAGGUUAGGAGCUCACUGCAAGAGCAUUUUAGUUCUUGUGGGGAAAUUUCAAGGAUAUCACUCCCGCUUGAUCGGGAGAGUGGUGCUCUUAAGGGAAUUGCCUAUAUGGAUUUCAAUGAUGGUGAAGCCUUCAACAAGGCUCUUGAACUAAGUGGAAGUAAUCUUGGUGAUUAUUCAUUGACUAUAGAAGAGGCAAAGCCAAGAGGUGAUUUCCGUGAUGGUGGUGGAAGAAGUGGUGGGAGAAGUGGAGGCAGAGAUGGAGGGGGUCGUUUUGGUGGUAGGAGUGGUGGGGGCCGCUUUGGUGGACGGGACAGUGGAGGCCGUUUUGGAGGCAGAGGACGUGGUGGUCGUGGCGGUGCUGGUGGUAGAGGUCGUGGACCCAAUAAACCCAGCAUGACUUCUUCCCAAGGGAGGAAGACUACCUUCAAUGAUGAUGAGUAAAAGAGUGAAGCUAUGAAGGGAGUUGGUUUUUGCCAAGCUUCACCCGAUAGUAUUCAUUUACCUAUUUUAGAAUUUUGGGAUUUUCCGUGUGGACUUGUUAUUUUGUUAGGUGGAUUAUUGGAUCUGUGAGAUUUGAUAAAUAUUUCUGUCAAUUUUAUUCGCCCAGAAAAAAUAUCAUGAUAUAAAUUUUGAGAUUUACAUUUGCCUUAA